CCCUUCCUGAUUUUUCCCUCCAAUGUUGUUUUGUCCUUCCUUUCUCUGUAGCUGGUGCUGUUUGCAGGAAAGCUCAACACCAUCGCCAGCAUUGUGACCAUUUUCUUCCUACUGGUGUAUGCCGCCGUGGACUUGGCUUGUCUCGCCCUGGAAUGGGCUUCUGCACCUAAUUUCAGGCCCACGUUUCGUUACUUCACCUGGCAUACGUGCAUACUGGGCAUCGUCGGUUGUGCCAUCAUGAUGUUCCUCAUCAACGCCAUCUACGCCUCAGCUAGCAUUGCCUUCAUGCUGCUCCUCCUCCUGCUGAUUCACUACCUCAGCCCCACGUCCAGCUGGGGAUACAUCAGCCAGGCUCUCAUUUUCCACCAGGUACGAAAAUACCUCCUAAUGCUGGAUGUCAGGAAAGACCACAUCAAGUUCUGGAGACCUCAGAUCCUCCUCAUGGUUUCCAACCCUCGCAGCAGCGUGGGCCUCAUCACGUUUAUCAAUGACAUCAAGAAGAGUGGCCUCUACGUGCUGGGACAUGUCCAGCUAGGAGACCUCAGUAAGUAAAUGCCCCAGCUACUU